AUGAGCGAUCAAGAGCUACUGAUAACCUCCUUCCGAGACCUCUCACCCCGCUAUACUGCCUUUGCUGAGCAAGACGACGAAGAUGGCAACCCGAUCUACUUGUUCUCGUCAUUUGGCUUCUUCACGCCUGAAUACGAUGCAUACUUUGGGCAGUCAAAGUCGAAGGUAACUACCUUAAGCGUAGAAGAGAUCAAGGGAUGCCUCCAGCGUCUGCCAGACGACGACGUUUAUCCUAAGAUACCAACAUCCGCUAUUACAACCUUCUGGGGACCUAUAGACGAGAAGAUCUUUCUCAAAAAGCCGAAACUGAAUAUUGUUUUCAUUGGCACUGGUUUACUACCUAAGCUUAUGCUACAGGAAGUGGAGACUCUGGAACUUCUUAUACGUAUGCCACAUCCAAACAUUAUACGCUAUCACGGUUGCCUCACCAAGCGUGGACGAAUUGUCGGACUUGCCUUCGAUCGUUACGAAGACACACUUCAACAGCGACUUGAAAGGAUUCGCCACAUCGACGUUGACCGCUUCAUAGUACAGAUUGAGUCUGCGCUCGAGCAUCUUCACAUGCUCGGCUUAGCGCACAAUGAUGUCUCCCGGGUGGAUUGA